AUGAAGAAACAGAUAGUUAUUUUUAUAGCUAUAUUUCUAUUCAAAUUCGUCUAUCCCCUAAAGUCCCCACUCGACAUAGGAAAAAAUGGUCUUCCACAAGUUGAAUCAGGAAAAAAUGGUACUGCACAACUUCAAUCUGAGAUUCGCGUAAUUACUAGAUGGUAUCUACUGCCAACAAGUGUAUGCAAUUUUGAUGAAUGUGCUAUUCAUCCGUGCAAUAUCGACUGUUCUACCUACAGGGACAGAUGUUGUAAAAAUGCUGAAGGUUUACAAAAAUGUGUAUGUGGAAGAACGUUAGAUCGUGGAGCUGAUGGAUGUGGAAGCAUUCUCAAUUAUAUAAAAAAGAAUCCGACUUGUGGAGUUAAAUAA